AUGCGUUUCACGUCGCUCGUCACCCUCCUCCCUGCCCUGGCCUUGGCCCAGGAGCAAGUCCCUCUCGCUGAGCGUGUGCAGGGUUGGUUCAACCAGGUCAAAUCCUACGUGCCGACACCAGCCCCCGUUGCCCCGAUCGAGCAGCUGGCGCAGAAGGUCAGCGAGAAGACCGUCACCCCGGUCUCCUUGGACAACUGGCGGUCGAUCCUUACCCCGGCUCCCCAGCCUGAGGAUUGGCUGAUCUUCACUACUGGUGGUAACAAGACCUGCUUCGGUCGCUGCGAAAAAGCCGACAAGGCGUUCAAGGAAUCCGUCCUUCUAUUCUCCGCCGACCCCACCUCUCCUCACCUUGGAUACUUGGACUGCGAGGCUAACCCGGUCCUGUGCGCCGCCUGGUCCGCCAGCGCUCCCUCCGUCAUGUACUUCCAAGUCCCCAAGGAGCAGCCCGCUGGCGAGGAGCGCGCCCCUACUCCUCUUUACAACAUCUACCUGAACUCCACUACCGUCACCCCCGAGACCAUCUACCAGAUCCACUCCAAGAAGACCUUCGAGAAGGUCCCAGCUCACGCGGGUGCUCUCCACCCCGUUGACGGCUGGGUCGCCAAGUACCAGCUCAACAUCCCUAUGGGCUACGUUAUCUGGGCUCUCGGUGCUGUUCCCAGCUGGCUGUUCAUGAUCGGUAUCAGUUUCUUCAGCCGUACCUUCAUGAGCCGUCGCAUGGGUCCUACUGGAAACGCCCCUCGUGCUCCCCCUGCCGGUAGCGCGAACUAG